AUGAAGUUCAUUCACUUGGUCACCGUCUUCUCUCUGUUCUUUCUCCAUACACCAAUUGCCUUGGCCGGGCGGGAUUUUGGUUGUGAGUCAAAAGAACUCGAGAAGCGUGAUGCAGCACCCGUCGCAGGUGCUGAUGGCAUUUGUUUCACCUAUACUGUGCAACAGGGGGAUACCUGCGUGAAAAUUGCCGAGAAUCACUCGGUCUCUAUCAGCGACAUUGAUAGAUGGAAUACUGGAUCAUGGGAAUGGAAAGGUUGCACAAAUAUCAUGCAAGGAGACUUUGUUUGUCUGAGCUCCGGGGCCCUUCCGAUGCCAGUUGCUUUUCCAAAUGCUGUGUGUGGUCCGCGGAUGCCUGGAUCGGUGCGUCCUGAAAACUAUGCCGAUCUCGCUUCUAUGAAUCCAUGUCUUUCUGGUCAAUGUUGUUCUCGCUGGUAUCAAUGCGGAAAUUCAUCGGCUUUCUGCAGUUUAGAUAAGGGCUGCCUCUCAAAUUGUGGGGGAAAGUCCAUAAGUAAGCAGGUCAUGAGCGAGCCUUCUCCUUCACAGGAGAGCACUUCCUCGAAAGACACUAUCACAUCGAUGCGUACAACCUCAGCCACGUCUACCACCAAAGAAAUGGUAACGAUCACCUCUGUCGUCAUGAUCUCACCACUCCCUACAUGGGUAUUAACUCUGUAUGAGAAUAGCGGAUGCGAUGACGGCAAUUACUUCUCUCUCCAGGGUAACGAAAAGAUAGAUCAUGGGAGCUGUAUAAAUCUGAAGGUCCAUACCCAAACUGACAUUUCGGACGAUAAAACGUCUUGUCGCUGGUGGACGGAUGAGGGACUCAAAUGGUCGACUUGUUCCUCCAGUACGCUUACGAGACCCAAAUCAUGGUAUCUCAAAGCUGGCGCUUGCUGGGUGUACUCCGAUGAUCAUUGUGGAGAGUGGGCAGGACGUAUAGACAUUGAGGGGUGUGGAAAACCACGUAUGUCUUUAUGGUCACCUGAUGAAUUUGUUUCUCUGAAAUGCUGGGACAAUUCGCCAUUCGGUUAUACUUAA